CUCAUUCACAUUAUAAUACACCACAAGUUGGACUUAUUUCACAACCACCAGAAGCAAUUAUUGAAUUUAAAUGCCUGCUAGUUUAUAUGAUACAAACCAAAUUAAAAACUAGUGUACAGGAAGCGGGACGACAAUUA